AUCAUUAUCGGAAAUAGUUUCUGAGAUUUGAUAGUUUUGUCCUCAAACGAGUAUUAUCAUGAUGCAAGCUCUUGUCAAUCGACAAGGUUAGGAAAAUUAUCGUACUAUUUAUAGAAACUAUAUAUGUAAUCGACAACGUGACCGGGAUUUCCUGUUCAUUUGUUGAUCAGCUGUUUCUUGAAAAAGACGAACGACGAUACUCUCAACAUAUCGCAUUUUUACAUGUCCAUGAGUUGUGGUAAAAUGAUUUCAUGAUGACGGGUAAUCAAAAAGAAAGAAUAACGGAAGAGGAGGUGGAGAAGUUGACGACAGAUCGGACACCUGAGGCACAUGAUCUGAACACUGCCGAGGAAAUAAUAGAUCCUCGAAUACCUAUAGAUAGAGGAUGGGCCUGGGUGGUUAUGAUAGCUUGUAUGUUGAAUGCUACAAUAACUGCCGGAUAUGGACGAACACUGGGUUUACUUUUUGUUGAAUUUCUGGACUUGUUCAAAGCUUCGGCAACAAUAACAACUCUAGUAUUUGGUGUUAUGGCAGCUGCUCUUAGUAUAUCAGGUUUUAUCACGAUGAAUAUCAUACUAGAAAAAACUACAGUAAGAAAAGUUGUGUUGGUUGGAGUCUGCCUAUCAUCUGGUGGAGUUAUAUUAUCUUGUUUAGCUAAUGGAGUACCUUUCUUAAUAUUUACACAGUUUCUUGUUGGAAUAGGACAAGCCAGCAUAAACUCACCAGGACUGGUUCUAAUAGGGCGGUACUUUAAAAAAAGACGUGCAUUAGCCACUGCUGUGGCAAAAACCGGCAUCAGCAUGGGUUCAUUGACAUUUCCAAUUUUCAUUAGAUAUCUUUUGGACACGUUCGCUUUAAGGGGAACUUUGUUGAUAAUGGGUGGUAUUCAGUGUCAAAUGUUUGUGUUCGCUUUAUUGCUUCGUGGACCUGAAACAUUUGCACCAACAAAGCAAGUUAUAGUUAAAAUCACGAAACCGGAACCACCCGAGAAAGCAAGUUCUAAAAUAAACAUGGAAAUGAAGUGUCUAAGAAGCAUAAGUCAAGACCAGAAAGCACAAGGAAUUCCUGAAAAUGGUAUGGCUUCUCCCUUACCUGUUCAACGCCUGCGCACAGUAUCUGACGGAGCUAAGUACGCGGUUUAUAAAAGACAGCACAGUAGAACAGAAUCGGGAUCAAAUCAAAGUUUUAUUGACUCCCUUUCGAAUUCAGGAAUAUUGAAAUAUGUGAGUAACUCAGAUUUACUGUCAGUAUCCACGACCGAUGUCAGAGCAGAAACCUCAACAACUUCAGAACUCAGAAAGAAGACAAGCGAAUUAGCAUCCAAUAAAAACAAAUAUUUGUGCAAAUUGACUAAUAUCAUAGAUUUUUCACUGUUGAAUAAUUUUAAGUGUAUUUUACUUAUGUCGAUUGCUUUUUUUGCUGUUACAAUAUUUGUAUCACCCAUUUAUCUACCAGCAUUAUUCAUAGAGCUCGGUGCAAGCGAAUCGGAUGCAGCUUUAUUUUUAACUGUAGCUGGGGUGUCAGAUGUUGCGUCAAGAUUGUUUGUAGGUGCCAUUGCUGACCUGGGAAUCAUUAAAAGACAUCAUAUAAUGAUGAUAAGUCUUUUUAUAGGAGGUAUCUCAGCUCAAUUCACACGAUAUUGUACAAGCUUCGGACUUCAAAUCGUUUAUUCCUUAGUGUAUGGUUUAUCUGUUGGACCCUAUGCAGCUCUACUUCCAGUGAUUCUAACGGAUUUUUUGGGCAUUGAGAAUCUGGGCAAAGCGAUGGGAUUUAUUUCUUUGGUCCAUGGCACUGCUAUUGGUGCUUUUCAUCCGAUAGUAGGUGCCAUACGAGACACAACGGGAAGCUAUGUAAUGGCGUAUCAUCUGGUGGGUACAACGUGCCUUGUUGCGGUGAUUUUGCUUUUAUUUGUGCCAUUAGUUUCACGUUUAGAAGAAAAACGUAAGCGAAAAUUUUCUGUUGAAACUGAUAAGAAAAAGGCAAACUCAAUGAGCUGAGGGAAACUUU